UCUCUUAAAGUUCCAACUUUCUUCCCUCCUAUCUCUCUCGACGUUCUCUGGAUCUCAGGGUUUUGCUUGGGUUUUAGAUUUCUACCCACUGAGUUCCGCAAUCCUACUGUACAUAAUUUAAUCAGCCAAUUCUGUAAUUCUAGCCUCCAUUUCUGCGAUCUAGGGCUUCGUUCGUGUUCAAUUGGGUACUUGAUCGCAUUCUUUUUCCAGAUUUAAGACUUGGCAAGUCAUUGUUAAUUCAAUCUCAAAUCUAUCCGGGAGCCCUUGCAAUUAAUGAGUGGUGUUUUUGGUUGUUAUCCUUGCGGCAGAUAAUAUGAUAUGAAUGUUUGAAUAUGAACGAUGGAGGUGGGGAGAGUGGAAAAGUGCAUGAACGACCAAAGACGAGAAAGAAUUUGGGCGGUGAAGACUUCCCACAGGCGCUUGCCAAGAUUGCUGUAGCUCAAAUAUGUGAGAGUGAGGGGUUUCAAACCUUUCAGCAGUCUGCCCUUGAAACACUGGCUGACAUUGCGGUUCGGUAUGUUCAGAAUAUAGGAAAGACUGCAAACUUCUGUGCUAAUUUUGCUGGCAGAACGGAGUGUAAUGUGUUCGAUAUAAUUCAAGCACUGGAAGAUUUGGGGUCAAUCCAAGGAUUUGCAGGUGCUUUGGAUAUUGAACAUUGUCUCGCAAGUUCCAGCACAGUUAAAGAGAUUGCUCGUUAUGUUGCUCAAGCGGAAGAAAUACCAUUUGCAUACGCAGUUCCCAAAUUUCCAGUUGUCAAAGAGCGAAAGCUGAGGCCUACCUUUUUGCAAAUUGGGGAAGAAACUCCUGGAAAGCAUAUACCUUCUUGGUUGCCUGCACUUCCUGAUCCCGAAACAUACAUUGCGUCCCCCACUGUGGAGGAAAAAGUAGUGGAGCCUCAAAAAAUUAAAACUGAACCAGAAAAACAAUGUAAGAGCGCAGAAAAAUCGUUAUGGAAUCUGCAGCAGUGGUUGUUUUGCAAUGGAUUGGAAGGAUCCCGGAGAGAAGGCCCUAGAAAUGCAGCUAUGACCAAACAAACACAAGAAAGUAACCCAUUUCUUGCUCCCCCCCUGCAAUUUGGUGAGAAGGAAGUUUCUUCUGUCGUUCUUCCAGAUAGGAUCUUGAACAAUUCAAGUACACAAUAUCCUGUCCCUGCCAGGGAGAACUGUCUUGUGGAUACCCAUGUCUCAGUGCUGGAGACUUUUGCUCCAGCUAUUGAAUCAAUGAAGAACAGUUUGCACGAUUCUGAGGAAAAGUUCUCUCUGAACAGGCGAUCCACUGUACAGUUUAAGAUUGGGACUGGAAAGAAGCCUGUAAGUAGCAUGAUAGAAUUGAAGGCGCUAAACAAUGGUGUUAAGAACUCUUCAUCCUGGUUUGUAGGGGACGAUAAGAAGGAUGACAAGAAAAGAAAGGCCGAGAAGAUUCUGAAGAACUCAAUUGAGAACUCCAAUGAGCUAUAUCAGUUGUAAUUAGGUUGCCUGAUUAAAAUUUGUACACGAAAUUUAGGGGACUGGCUGCAGUUUUUCCAGGUUGUGAAAAUCACUGACACUGUAUUGUGUUGGAUAUUAGCAAAGAUUCAAAUUUGUGGAAAGAGAGAUUCUAAUUUAGCAAAUUAUUCAGGUAUGCUCAUGUUUAUUAUGAAUUAAUCUUCUUCUCUAA